CCAAACUCUUCAUCUAAUUCAAUUUCCCCAAAAGUGUUCUUGUCUUGAACCCAGUCAACUGCAGGCGUUCUGGAAGGCGUUCUAGGAAGUGUUUCUCUUUACCCCAUCACCAAGUCGAUACCCUUCGGCCCCAUCGUUUCAAUUCAACAUCCGCGGGCCGAUCAACAAACCGCGAUUUGGAGGCUCUUACCCUCCAUCUCCAUUAACUCGGCACCAUGGUUUGGGAACAGCUUGAACCGACGCCGCCCCAUCUUUCAUACCUGCUAAUCUCGUCCUUUUUGAUCGUCUAUUGUCUUUUCGCUACCUUUGUCAGAAAUCGACUCCAUCUGUCGGAGCCACCAUUGGCACUUCUGGUUGGUAUUCUUCUGGGGCCAAGAUUACUUGGCUGGCUCAAUCCAAACUACUGCUCUCAGCAAGGAUGCAAUGGCGAUGAAAGCAGCGAGAGAUGGGGAUGGGGAGAUACUCAAAUCCAAGAGAUAUCUCGCGUUAUUCUUGGUGUACAGGUCUUCACUGUUGGUGUUGGUCUUCCCAAGUUCUAUGCCUCUAAGCACUGGAAGAGUGUUGGUAUCCUUUUGACAAUCGUCAUGACCGCUGGCUGGUUUAUCUGUGCUCUUUUUGCCGCCUUGAUGUUCAAGACAGACAUCGCCACUGCCCUGACUAUCGCCGCCUGUCUGACACCCACCGAUCCCGUUCUGUCGGCGUCCAUUCUCUCAAACAGUCAAUUCAGCGGAAGGGUACCAAAACGCAUCAAGGACAUGUUGGCUGCCGAAUCCGGUUGCAACGAUGGAAUAUCAUUCCCGUUCCUCUACAUCGGAUUGUACGCACUCAUUCAUGCUACCCCCAAGGAGGCCGUCAAGGAGUAUUUCCUCAUUACCAUUCUCUGGCAGUGUACUCUAGGCAUCAUUAUCGGUCUUGUCAUUGGCACCGUUUUCAACAGGCUCUUGCGCUUCUCUGAUAGCCGCAAAUAUGUCGACCCUGCCGGUAUGAUCGUCUUCUAUCUAUUGCUCGCGAUCUUCAGUGUCGGUGUAGGCAGCAUCCUGGGCUCGGAUGAUUUCCUUGUCGCUUUCGGCGCUGGGUAUGGUUUUGCUCGAGACGGCUGGUUUAGAAAGAAGAUCAAGGACGCUCAUCUUCCAGAUGUGACCGACCUUCUGCUCAACUCUGCCAUGUUCAUCUACCUCGGUACCAUCAUCCCCUGGGAGGCCUUUGGAGCUCGCGACAUCACUCCCAACGUCACGCCCUGGAGACUCUUCGGUUUUGCCGUCUUGGUCCUGCUUUUCCGACGCAUCCCCAUCAUGCUUUUAAGUUACAAGAUCAACCCGGACAUUCGCACAUUCCGCGAAGCACUCUUUUGCGGACAUUUCGGCCCUAUGGGUCUCGGUGCAGUCUUCCUCGCCAUUGAAGCUCGCGCCACUCUCGAGACUGGAACUAGCGAGCCUCUACCUCAGCCUCCUAGCUUUAAGCCACCUUACAGUGAUCGUGAGAGAGCUGUCGGGAUGCUGUGGCCCGUUGUCUGCUUCGUCGUCAUGAGCAGCACUUUUGUGCACGGACUGAGUGUUCUGGCUCUCAGUAUCUCCAGCCAUUUCCGCAGAAAUGAGGGUGAGAGAGCGCCACUUUUGGCUCAGGAGACUGAUCCCCUGGAUGGUAUGGAGCAUGAACGUCCUGAGGAUAUGGAUACGGAUAUGGAGGAGGACGAGGAAUAGAGAUGUUGCUGCAGACAUGGAGAAGGAGACAGGAGGCUUGCUUUGAUAAAAUGAAACAAAAAACUAGGCUGUCGUCCUUCUAUGGAAAACAUAAGACAACUGGCCAAUUGUAGACACCGGGGUCUAGCUCGUUGUGACGCAGAAUGCAUAGACCUCUAUACAAUCAACAAUGUGGACCAACUCUCCUUUGAUCCAUCUACGCUCUUGUACUGAUGACCUUCUCUUUUCCAGCUAUGUGCGUUUGUCGUGUAACUUCAAGUCUCUUAGUCCAUCCAUCUGGAGACAGUAACCCAACUACGACGCACAGAGUGUCUUCUUCCAACACCAUCUUCCUGUUCAGUCUCUCCCAUUCCACUUCCUUGAUUGUCGUCCUCGACCGAAGGCUGAAUGUCCUGAUCAUCCUCUGUAACGCCGUCGAC